GCCAGCACAUGCAGGGAGGCGGGUGGACUCGAAGGCCAGAGUGACGUCAAUAACCCUGGGGGGCAGGUGGUCGGUCAUCCUUUCGUGUGUUUCGACAUGGUGCUGGAGCAGGUGCACUCCUGCGGCACCCAAGGCUUCCUGAUCCUGGCGGUGCUCUUUCGGGUCGUGAGCCUGACGCUCCUGAACGACGGGGCCGACCUGACGUGCGCGCAGCUCGGCUUCGAGCAAGACUGCCUCGCGCCGUGGCGCACGCCGCCGCCCGCGCGAUCCCUGUUCCCUCGGUCGAGCGUCGUGGGCGUCUUGUUGGAUCCGGCCGCUGGCCUGCUCGCUCUCCUCGCGGAGCCCUCUUCGGCGGUCCUGGUUUGCGUGGGGCUGCUCAAUUCGCGGUACCUCGUGCGAGGAAGCUGGCCGCCGGCGAUGUGGGCCGCGCGGCUGCUGCGGCUCGUCGGGGCGGUCGUCCUGCUCGGCCUCUCCACCCGGGCCCUGGCCGCCUGCCGUCCGCGCGGCGGCACCGCCGCGGAGCACUGCGGCCGGGCGACUGCCCCGGGCUGGAGCAGCCCCGUGGCGAGGUUCCUCAUUGACUCGUACGGCAGCGAGAUGGACCGCCGCGCGCACGACAUCGCCAUCUCGGGGGUGGACAGACCUCCUCCCCUGACACGUCGAGUAAGGAAUUGGCCGUUUUCGGUUCGCGGGAGGGCGUCGCGGCCGUCCUUUUUGCGGGUCCAGGUCCGUCGGUUUCAGUCCCAGGCUCUUUUCACUAAGGGGAGGUUAACCAAAGGGAGGUUUGCCCACCGCCGACAAUCGAUUUUCAGAAUGAGCGCACGAGCGACGGUGUUCUGGUAA